AUGUCGGAUGAGGCGAGGUAUGGCACAGAAGAGCCCAGACCGAAGCGGCAGCCUCGGGGUUUGCUGCCACCAGGGUUGGUCGACCUCGUGGGUCCGCCCCUGAAAGUUGGUGCCAUGACUGGUACAAUCGGUGUGUUCAGUGGCAUUGCAGCCGGCAUUAUCCGGGACUCCACACCAGCUCUGUUUGCAGUAGCAUCUGGUAUCCAAUGGUUCGCUCUCGGUUCAAGUUACUGGCUCUCGAGAUCUGUGGUGAUGGCCGCGUGGGGUGGCGAAGAGAAGCUCUCCAACUCAUCCAAGAUCCAAGCAAGUGCACUUGCGGGAGGCACGGCAGGAAUGGUCGGAGGACUGAUUCGUGGCCCGAAAAACAUCAUCCCCGGAGUCAUCGUUUUCUCCCUCAUCGGGGGAACGGGCCAGGCCUUUGUGAACGCGGCUCAAGGCAGACCCGAGGUCACGGAAAAGAAGAAGAGCAUCUUCGAAUCAAGUUGGAGCCCCCUGAAGAAGCUUUCAGACGACGAGUACCGCGAUAUGAUUGAUGAAAAGAUGCUCAGGAUAGACGCUGAGAUCGCUCUCAUUGACGAAAAGAUUGUAGAGCUUCGCGCGGCAAAAGCAGCAGCUCCUCCGCCGCCCCCGAAGGAUGCACCGCAACCACCAGAUGCUCGCAAGAUUACCCCUGGCAUCAUUAUCAUGCUGACGUGCGCUAUGAGGCUAAUCAAUACCUCAACACUACAACUCGAAGACUUCUUCGACUCGGAUCUCCCAAAAUACGCCAUCCUGUCACACACAUGGGGCCCCGACGAGGUCACCUUUCAAGAGUGGCUGCUAUGGCAAGAAGACGAGAUCGGCUCGCGCAAACGCACAAACUCCAAGCGCGGAUUCCAAAAGAUUGCAAACACAUGCCGCAUCGCCCGGCAGGAAGGCAUCAGCCACGUCUGGGUCGACACAAACUGCAUCGACAAGAAGAGCAGCGCCGAGCUCUCCGAGGCCAUCAACUCCAUGUUCGCCUGGUACCGCGGCGCGUCCAUCUGUUACGUCUAUCUGGAGGACCUCGAGUCCGGCGGGGCAGCAAGGGCCGAUCUGCGCCAGUGCCGGUGGUUUACGAGGGGCUGGACGCUACAGGAGCUGCUGGCGCCCGCGGACAUGACGUUUUACGACGGAACGUGGAAGCCUAUCGGGACCAAGGAGACGCUGGCAUACCCCAUCGCUUCCAUUACGGGCAUCGACGUCGACGUCCUCAUGUACCCGCAGACCCUCUCCUCCGCCUGCGUCGCCAAGAGGAUGUCGUGGGCGUCCAACCGCCAGACGACGCGAACCGAGGACACGGCGUACUGCCUUCUCGGCAUCUUCCAGAUCCACAUGCCCCUGCUCUACGGCGAGGGCCACGAGGCCUUUCGCAGGCUACAGGAAGAAAUCAUGAAGGUCUCGACGGACCAGAGCCUCUUCGCAUGGGAUUGGACCGAGAAGACGAUGGACCCCCGCCGCGACCUCUGGGUCACCCUACUGGCGCCGCAUCCUUCUGCGUUUUCCGGUUGCGGGCAGGUGGUCAAGUGCAGGACCGCCGCGGACGACAACUGGUCCGUGGGGAAGGAGUUUACAAUGACGAACCUGGGUCUGAGCAUGACGCUGCCGCUCAUCAAGACGGCCUCCUCGACAACGGUCUAUGCUGCCAUCAACUGCAAGCACGAUAUCAAGAACCACGACGACACGGUCAUAUGUAUCCCGUUGUGGACCACGUCCUUCACAUCGACGUUUGGACGUCAUAGGUCGAGACCGCAGGCGAACCUGCCAAUCCCGCUGGCCAAUGUGUCGAUGCCCGCCCGGUAUGCCGCGCGCCGCCAACAGCGACAGCAGCAGCCUGGCCGCAGUUCUUCUGUCUCGGCCUCGUACUUCCCUCGCUUCUCCGAGCUGCCGGGUUUCAAGAUGUCAAGAUCCUUUCAGAAACAGGUCCUGCCAGUGUACGACGCCGAGCGCGAAAGGGCGCCAGAAUUGCUGUUCCAGCUUUUCUCGUGUAACGACGCGCUGGAGUCGUGGCAGGUCGGAGACGACGCGGAGGCGGAUCCGCAGGAGUACCUGCAGACGGCAGCGCACGCGAGCAAGACUUUCGCGAAUAAAGAGGUUCACGCAUUCUGUGUGAAUCUCAUCAAUCACGGCGGCGGUGGCAGCAGCAGCAGUAAUGGCAGCCGCAAUGGUAACGGUGCCGGGGCAGAGCCCAGUAGACCGCGGCGGUGGUGUCUCAUUAUCAUGUGGUGCGAGGCGUCCGGGUGGAAGAGGGUCUUCUUCCGGGAGGACAAGAGCAAGAAUCUUUCGCCGCCGCACGUGAGGAAGCGGUUCAUGGACUUUUUGCUCGAGACGUCGUGGUUGAGGUUGGGAUGA